AUGAGAGCUGAGGAGCAGAUGGCAUUAUUCUUCCCUUUUCUGUGUACCCCGAUCAAACAAGCCUACGGAUGUAUCCGAAUGGUUGAUGCUGAAGCGGAGCAUGCCAUCGGUAGUUUGAUUAUUUCCAGUUGCGGAGUUUUCCCGAGGAUGGCUGGUUGUGGUGGUCCGGCCGUGAGCGUGUGGCUGGCAACGGUCGCCGACGCCCCACAGUCCCAGCGAAGACGCCAACCCCAUACCCCAUACCCCAUACCCCGCCAGCAGCGACCAGGGCACAUAAAACCACGACCACCCACCCCACCCCACCCCAGGACAAUACCCCCCCACCAACCAGCACCAUCAUCCACAGACACCAUGGCCUGGCCACACAACCAAAAAGCGAGCGCAACAGCCAGCGGGCGAGCCCAGAAGAGAACCCACCUGGAAGACGACGAGGACGAAGACGAUGCCCAGCUGCUCCUGCCAACGAGCAACGGACUCACCCACAAACGCAUCCAGCGGGUCAAACACUCCCUCUCCUACAUCCUCAUCUCCGGCGCAGCCUCAUUCGUACUCGUCAUCAUGGUCUGGCUCGGACCAGGACUGGUGAGCCACGACCCCAAGGGAAUCGCCACCCAGUCCAACGCACACGUCGGCUACAGCGAAGACACCAGCUCGACCGGCAAGCCCAUCAUCCCGGUCUCGGCUAACUCGAGCUCGAGGCCGAAGCUGUCCGUCAGCAAACUGCCUGUCGAGCGCAAGCCGAUCCCCCACCACUCCUGGAACCCGCUCAUCUACGACCCGGCGCCCAUCACCCAUGUCUACGUAAAGCCGUGCAUGUUCCCCCCAUGGGCAUUCAAGUCCUUCUGUACCCCUCACCAGACCGCCAGAGAGAUCGCCCUCUACGGGAGAUGGGUCCGCGUCCCGCGGGACUUGAGCAAGGGCGUCGGCCACUACUACACGGAGAUCUACUACCGUCGCGCCCAAACUCUGGACGUAUCAUCGCUCGACCCCAAGCCGAUCACCGGACUGCAGAUAGUCGAUGAGGAUGAAGAAAGCGACCCGGUGAUCAAGGCGAAACUUGCAAAAGAGGGCUGGGAGGUGGCCGGCGAGAGCCUCCGGACGGGCAUCUGGCCCACCAGGGUCACCGAUGCCAAGCUAUACUUCACCCGCUCCACAUCCUUCAUGAACCCCACCGACCAGGCCGCCGUCCAGCCGAUCAACGAGAUCAGCGUCCUCUGGAGCCACAAGGCCGACCUCACUAAGCCCUGGUGGGGCUUCGAGAGACUGAAUAAACCCGUCUUCGACGGCGAUAACCUCAUCGACCAUAUCCAGUGUGACAUCUCCGUCCGUCGUCAGAUCAUCGAACCCCCUCCUCCUCCAGCCCUCACUUUCCAGAAAGACGGCAAGUUCAAAAUCAUGCAGAUCUCUGACUUGCACUUCAGUGCGUCGGGUGGGACGUGUCAAUCGGCGAGUGAAUUGGAGAACUGUGCGAAGGAUGGAGCGGAUGGGACGACGAAGAAAUGGCUGACGAAGGCGAUUGGAGAAGCCCGGCCGGACCUGAUAGUGCUAGGGGGAGACCAACUUUUAGGACGAGACAAGACGUUUGACACGAUCUCGACUUUGACGAAGAUCGGGCACUUCUUUGCGGACCAAAAGGUGCCCUGGACGGUGGUGUUCGGCAACCACGAUGUCGACCGCUCGCUGGCUAUCGAGGAGCAGAUGUAUCUCAUGAAACAGAUGCCCUUCUUCCUCGGCAAAGCUGGCCCAGGCGUCCCCGGCUUCGAUGAUGAAGGCCAUCCCCAAGUCGACCAGCUCUCGGAUAUGGGCGUCGGUAAUUACGUCCUCAGAGUUAAUGCCAGUCUGGCCGAUCCGACCCAGCUUCUGAGUCUCUACUUCCUCGAUUCUCACGAUUAUCCACGGAAGACGUUUUCGCAUUUGUGGGAUAUAGCGAUGGGAGGAAGCAGCAAGUUCGACUGGCUGAAGAAGUCGCAGAUCGAGUGGUACAAGCGGCAGUCGGAAGCCCAACCGCGGGUCUUACAGCCGUACGAGGCCAGUGCAGGGUACCGAGCGCGGGCGGCGGCGGCGGAGAAUGCAGGGAAGAAGAGUAAGCCUGUCGGGCUCAUGUUCUUCCACAUCCCCCUUCCGGAGGCAUACGCCAAGGCCGACCUCAACCCCAAGUCUAAGGCCGAACUCGUGUUCGGUAACCAGAGAGAAAGUCCCCUCAACGCGGAAGACGGAGACCACUUCUUCGAGAAGGCUAUCCGCGCUACGCCCAUCUCUGACUCGCAUUCAAACGCAACGACCUUCGAGCCCGAGAUCAAAGUGAUCGCCAACGGCCAUGCCCACGCCACGGACACAUGUCGCCAGCACCAGGGAGUCUACCACUGCUUCUCGGGCCUGGCAUCCUACAGCGGAACCUUGGACGCCAAAGCCGCCCGCGGAUGGGAGCGCAGGGUGCGCGUGUUCGAGGUGGAGAGGUUCGGCGGCAAGGUGGCGACCUAUCUCUUGAAACAUGCGCUCGAUUCGCCCGGCCAUCCUGUCGUCAGACUCGGCUCCCACGUCCUGUUCGACUCGGAGUCCACAUCUUCUUGA